AUGGUGUCCUCAUUUUCUCUGGGUCGCACACGUAUUUCCCUCUCAUUGAAGAGCAGAGUCGCCGUUCGACCGAUAUCCACUACCGCUGUGUUGCGCAACUCCAACCCCAACGGCAAGCCUGCAUUCCAAUUCUCAAAGGGACCCGCCCCUCCAAGCCUCCCCAAAGAAGAGCAAGAGAUCUUCGAAGAACUCCAGCGCCGCUCAACUGGCGCGUUCAGCACCCCGCAGGUCAACCAGUCGCCGCAGGCUGAGAUCAAGGUCAACGGCGAUGGCCAGGAGCUCCAUCCUGAUGCGCCGCAGGGUCUGAAGCCCGAAUUCGAAGGCGAGACCAACCCCAAGACUGGUGAAGUGGGUGGACCAAAGAAUGAGCCUCUUCGAUGGGGCUCUCAAAGUGAUUGGAGUUAUGGUGGUCGAGUGACGGACUUCUAA